CAGUUUGAUUGAAAACAAAAUGGUUUUAAACAGUAUUGUACAUGCGUAUUCACAGGACUGAGUAAAUGCAGACUUCUCGGCACAUCCACACCAAACAGAAGAGGAUAGAAAGACAGAAGAUCAAACACUGUAAACUAGUUCAUGAGUGAAACGUUACACAGGCCACACUGGUGUACAACUUUACAUUAGGGUACAACUUUAUGAGUGCAGAGAGUCGGCAUGGAGAUUACCCACAAUGCUUUGCUGAUGCUAAAGCAAGGAGAAAUGUUGUUUUUUAUGAAUAAAAAAUGAUGUCCAUUAACUUUAAGGAGUCAAAUAGGAAGCCACAUAAUGCCAGGGGUAAAUCCAAUGAGGAGGUGAUCGGCUUAGCAGUAACACGCUGACGAUACACACAGUUCAUAAUGCAUGAGGAUGAGCCCUUCAUUGCCUUGUUGUUAUUAUUAUUAUUAUUAUUAUUAUUAUUAUUAUUAUUAUUAUUUAAGACUUGUCUCUGUGUGAUUUCUUCACAAUACUCUUAGUGGACUGAAAAUAGUAAUACCUGAUUAAUUACCAAAAAUAUCCACACUAGUAUUUUUAAGUCUGUGGAAUUCCAUUCAUUUUGAAUGCCAUUAAAUGUGGAGUGUGAGGAUUUGUUUCUUGCUCUUGCUGAAGUUACUGUUACUUGGGACUGCAGCUAGCUGUUUACCUUCAGCACGGGUCAGCCACUAUGAGUUUAAAAAAAAAAAAAAAAAAAAACACACAGAGUGCAGUGAUGACCAUCAGAAGUCCAGUUCUGUGACAUCACCAAGAACCACUCGUCUCCACGGCUACAGGAAAACAAACCAUUUCAGUUUCAGCGUUUCAGUGCAUUUUGAUGAAAAAUGAACUGUGUUAAUUUCCAAAUGGCGUCUCUCUACGUUGGUGAUCUUCACCCUAAUGUGACGGAGUCUAUGCUCCUGAACAAGUUUGGCUCUGUUGGGAAAGUUCACUCCAUCCGCCUCUGCAGGGUUAAAAGUCCUGGCACAUCACAACAAUAUGCCUUUGUCAACUUCCAGCAUUGGGCAGAUGCUGAGCGUGCUUUGGACCUGCUCAAUUUUGACCCCCUUUUGGGUCAGCCCAUGCGUAUCAUGUGGUCCCGGAAGGACUCAUCAAGGAAGAACAAUGUGGGAAACAUCUUUAUAAAGAAUCUGGAAAAGUCCAUCGACAGCAUUGCCCUUUACAACACCUUCUCCAUCUUUGGCAACAUCCUGUCAUGCAAGGUGAUGUGUGAUGAGAAUGGCUCCAAAGGAUACGGCUAUGUGCACUUUGAGAGUGCUCAGGCUGCCGAGACUGCCAUUAGGACGUUGAACGGAAUGCUGUUCAACGACCACAAAGUGUUCAUCACACACUUCAAGUCUCGCCAGGAGCGCCAGGCUGCAAACAGGACGAUUGCAGAUGAGACCAGCAAACAGGUGCAUGUGAGCCAAGUGCAGAAGAAGGAAGAGGGACAUCCUUCAAUUCAGCACGCUCAGUCUGCAGUUAAACCUGGUCCAGCUGCAGUUAAACCUGAUCCAGGUGCAAUUAAACCUGGUCCAGCUGCAGUUCAACCUGGUCCAGCUGCCAUUAAACCUGGUCCAGCUGCACUUAAACCUGGUCCAGCUGCAGUUAAACCUGGUCCAGCUGCAGUUAAACCUGGUCCAGCUGCAGUUAAACCUGGUCCAGCUGCAGUUAAACCUGGUCCAGCUGCAAUUAAACCUGUUCAGUUUAACUGGCAACCCAUUCCAGCGCCAGUUGAACCCGUUCAGGCGCCAGUUAAACCCAUUCCGGCACCAGUUAAACCCGUUCAGGCGCCAAUUAAACCCGUUCCAGCGCCAGUUGAACCCCUCCCGGCACCAGUUAAACCCGUUCAGGCACCAGUUAAACCCGUCCCAGCACCAGUUAAACCCGUCCCAGCACCAGUUAAACCCGUUCAGGCGCCAGUUAAACCUGGUCCAGCUGCAGUUAAACCUGUUCAGUUUAACUGGCAACCCAUUCCAGCGCCAGUUGAACCCGUUCAGGCGCCAGUUAAACCCAUUCCGGCACCAGUUAAACCCGUUCAGGCGCCAGUUAAACCCGUUCCAACGCCAGUUGAACCCCUCCUGGCACCAGUUAAACCCGUUCAGACGCCAGUUAAACCCGUUCAGGCACCAGUUAAACCCGUUCAGGUGCCAGUUAAACCCGUUCAGGCACCAGUUAAACCCGUUCAAGCGCCAGUUAAACCCGUUCAGGCGCCAGUUAAACCCGUUCAGGCGCCAGUUAAACCCAUUCCAGCUCCAGUUGAACCCCUCCCGGUGUCAGUUAAACCCAUUCAGGCACCAGUUAAACCUGUUCCGGCGCCAGUUAAACCCAUUCAGGCGCCAGUUAAACCUGUUCAGGGGCCAGUUAAACCUGUUCAGGGGCCAGUUAAACCCGUUCAGGCACCAGUUAAACCCGUUCAGGCACCAGUUAAAGCCGUUCAGGGGCCAGUUAAACCUGUUCCAGUUAAAGCAGAAGCAGCUGAAGUUAAACCAGUAGAAGCUGCAGUUAAACCAGUAGCAGCUGCACUUCCCACUGCAGCUAAAGCGGUACAGGCUGCAAGUCCAGCCACAGUUAAAAAAGAAGAACCACCUGUAACAGCAGCAGCUCCAUCUCCACCUCCAUCACUUGUGACAGAUGAGAAGCUGACCAUGGACGCAAUGCGAGAACAAAGCACCAAGCAGUCCAUGGAUACACAGACUGCUGUUCCUGCACCAGCUCGGAAGCCAUUAACUCUCUACAUGCUGGAGUCAGCUGAUGUGGAACAACAGGUCACGAUGCUGCAUGAGUACCUGUUACCUCUUGUGGAGCAAAUCCAUCCGACUCGGGCCAGAGAAAUAACCUGCAUGGUUAUACAAGGAGAGAACAACUACAACCUGCUCGAUAUGGUCGCAGAGCCCAACCUUCUGCGUGCCAAGGUUGAGCAGAUGGUGGCUAUACUUCAGGGGAGCGAAGCUGGCCAGAACGUGCGUUUGCUUGCACCCAAAAACAAAAAUAAGAAGAGGAGAAAGAAGAAGAAGAAUCGAUCAAAUCUGUACAUUAAUCUGUAG